AAUGUGUUGGAAAUCUUUGUUCAAUCGUCCAAACUUCAGCACGGACAACGCGGAUGACGAUGAGGAUGAUGACCAUGGCGUGCGAAUGCCAAAGUGGUGCUCAUGGUGCGUGUCGUUGUGCUUGUGGAGCUGCGGGACAGUCGCAGAAGCAGCGACAGCAGCGUGAGAGAAGGCAGCAUGGACGUGCAUGUGGAAUGGCGUGGCGGUGCGAAGAAAGACAACAAGGAGGUCGGAGAAUAAAAGCAGGAACAGUGUUGAACAGACCGUUGAUGAUGAUGGUUGGGAUCGUGGCAUUGCUGAUGGCGAUGGUUGGUUUUCAAAGCAUGCCGCAACAAGCAGCCGCUUUUCACUCCAACGACGACUUUGUCUACUUUGCUCUUCACCAGCCAAAGGAGGUGGCAUACGUGUAUCCCGUGCUUCCUGCAAAAGACUUUGGUGGCGACUUUGUACACGUGCACCGGCACAUCAAGCUCGUUCCUUCCGCACCAGUGCAGGGCUGCGAAACGUUCACAAACAACUUUGCCGUUGAGGGCCAAAUCGCACUCGUUCAACGAGGCAUGUGCUCCUUCGCGGAGAAAACGUUCCAUGCGCAGCAAGCGGGGGCCAUCGCAGCCGUCAUCUACGACAACUCCAUGGAAGAGGAGUGGAUUGACAUGAUUGCGGAAGGGCUGGACUACUCCGUCACCAUCCCGUCUCUCUUCAUGCUCGGCAUUGACGGGCACCGCAUCUUGGACAGCCUGGAGCGCAGCGGCGCGGGUAUGGCCGACAUCACCAUCCCCAUGAACCAAACAUUCUCUCCGCUCUCCUUCCGCCCCUGGGCAUCGUGGUAGCAUGCGCGACCUACAACCACACACUCACGACCAAACAAGAUAGCCAGCGUGGAGAUGCAGCGCCGUGAAACGCAAGCGGUUGUUUCCCUUUCUCGUGCUUGUCUGCUCCCUGAGCCCUCUUCCCUGUGCUCUGCUCUUAGCCCCUUCUCAACUCCCACCGGACUGAUAGCUCUCCUGUCCUCGUGUCCCUCUUUCUGUGUUUCUUGUGGACUACCACUUUUGGGCAAGGUGUAACCAUCAAUAGAACGCAUAGAGAAAUUGGC